AUGGUUGCUCCGACUGUCUCCAUAGAGUCCACCAGUUCAAGUUCUAGAUUAGAAAAGGACACUUGUGUUGCCCCCAUAGAGGCUUCGACGAUUGUGCCUAAUCCCAUUGACAAUACAACUAAUGGGUUUUCAAGGAUAUCUAGUGCUGCUUCAUCUUUACGGCAUAAAUAUUUCGAAUCAAAUGCCGGUGAUGGGACUGAAGCAUUAGAUCAGUUUGUGCACGGUUAUAAAUUGGCCCUUACGUUAGCUUCUUGUGUGGUAUCACUUUUCCUUGUGGCUUUAGAUGCCACUAUCAUUAUAACUAUUUUGAGCACAGUGGGUAAUAAGUUUAAAAGUUUUGAAAGAGUGGGGUGGUUAAAUUCAGGGUUUCUUUUACCUAUCGCAGUCUUAGCUCCAUCUUAUGGUAAAAUUUCUAUUGCCUUUGGUAGGAAAUAUACAAUGAUGUUUGGUAUCAUUGUGUUUGAAAUUGGAUCAUUAAUAUGUGGUAUUUCCCAAUCAAUGGAUAUGUUGAUUGGUGGAAGGGUCAUACAAGGUAUUGGUGGAGGUGCUAUCCAAUCCAUGGUGAUGGUUAUUAUGUCUGAAUCAGUACCAGUUUCUAAAAGAUCACUUGCCUUCUCUUUGAUUGGAGUUACCUUUGCAGUGGCUAGUGUUAUUGGUCCCUUGUUAGGAGGUGCGUUUGCUUCCCAUGUAUCUUGGAGGUGGUGCUUCUAUAUUAAUUUACCUGUUGGAGGAGCUGCUUUCGCCAUGCUAGUUGUUUGCUUCAAUCCCCCAAAACCAACAGGCAGCUUAAGAGUGAAAUUAGCAAGAAUUGAUUAUUUAGGAACCUUUUUAUUGACUGCUGGAUUGGUUCUUACCUUGUUAGGACUUUCAUUUGGUGGGCAAGAUUUUCCUUGGAGGUCAGCAGCAGUCAUUCUCAACUUUGUAUUGGGUGGACUAUUAAUUGUGGGAUUUGCUGUCUACAAUUUCAUGUACUCCAAGAAUCCAAUUAUUAUGAAGGAAUUGGUCACCAUAAGACCAAUUCUUGCAACUGCUAUGACCUCAUUCUGUAUUUAUGGUUGGUUUAUGGCUGCAAAUAUUUAUUUAUCCAUUUACUUUCAAGUUAUCUGGGGUGCUUCACCUUGGAGAUCUGGUAUUGACUUGCUUCCUUAUAUUAUUGGUUUAACUGUAAGUUCCAUUUUCACAGGUGCAGCAAUGAGAGUAUUUAGAUUUGUGAAAAUUCCAUUAUUAACUGCUGCUAUCUUAGGUCCUAUUGGUUCAGGAUUGUUCAUCUUGCUUUCAAGAACAAGUUCUAAAGCUGAUAGAAUUGGACUUUUAAUUGUUGCAGGUGUGAGUAUUGGGUUUUCGUUCCAACCACCCAUUAUUUCUGCUCAAUUGGAAGCUCCAAACACAAUUGAAGGUUCAAUGAUUCAAUCUACAGUUUUUGUAAACUUUGUUAGAACACUUGGUGGUGUUAUUGCAGUUUCAAUUGCACAAUUAAUUUUCCAAGAGGAGGGUAAAUCUCAUGUUAAUUCUGCUCUUGGUAAACUUAAAACCCAAAAUCCAGCUUUAUACCAGCAAAUGAGCAGAUAUGAUCCAAAGGUAUUAAUUCAAACCCCUGAAAUCAUCAACAGUUUACCUGCACAAGGAAAGGAUUUGGUACUUAAUGCAUUUAUGAAGGCAUUAAAGAGCGUUUUCUGGUGGUGUGUUGCUUUAGCUUGCGCAUCUUUGGUAUUUGCUAUUUUUACUUCCAAUAAACGUAUUCCAAGAGACGAACAUGUGAAAAUGAAGAAGGAUGAAAGUGACCUUAUUGAAGAACCAACCGACCAUCAACAAACUGAGGCUAUCAAAUCUAACGAAACUGAACGGAAAGAUCUCUCUGAUGCCGUUUAG